AUGAAGUCUAUCAUUUUAACGAUAGCAAUUUUCUUCACUUGCGGCUUAGCAGAUGACCUUGGAAAAUCACCCAAGCUGAAAUUAAUUUUUCCUGAUGUUCUUUUCAACAAUGCAAGGGAAUAUCAAGGCAACUUGGAAGAGUUACAAAAGGAAAUAAAUGAUUUUAUGGUGGAAGUUCAAACAAUGAUUUCGGGAGUGCUGGAGAAAAGUGCUUCAAAAACUCUUAAUCAGUACGAAAAUGUUACGAGAACCAUUGAAUCUAAUUUCGAGCCAGUCAUGGAAGCUUUCCAAACCUUAAAACAUGGACCAUGUAAAACUAUCGCCGAGACAUCAUUGAACUCAACAACUCAGCUUGCUGGAUUUCAAAUCAGUAAUUGUGCCAGUAAUUACGAUAGUCUUGUGCGAUGUGAAUUAGACAAUGCUUCUGAUGCUUUGAAUGAGUUUAAUAAUUCAUUUAAUGAAGUUUCGUUGAUUGUCAUUAGAUCUUUCAUUGGAAAAAAUAUUUUCUUGUCAUCGGAAUGGAUUGAAGAAACAUUCACUAAAACAUACAAUUUAGUUAAGGAAAAGUGGAUAAAAUCUAAAAUUGAUCUCGAUUUGGUUCGUAAAGGUUUGGAGGGUAAAAUUGCUGAACAAAAUGUUUGCCUUGAAGAGUGUCACGACACUACUGUGAACUCUGUUAUUGUCCUUUACACUCUGUUUAAACAACAAGUCAAUACAUGCAUGGAAUUCGAGAACACUCCCGACCCAUUCGCUAAAAGCAUGAAAAUUUCUUCAUUUGUGGAAACCAUUAGAAAACAAAAAGAAGAUUUCGAAGUUGAAUUUGCCAAAGCUAAAGCCAAAGUUUAUGCAUGGCCAUAA